AAAAAUCUCAACCCCAUUUUUAGUUGUCUUCUUUUUCCUUGUUUUUCAAGAAACCAGACGAAAAUGGAAGAGUUUCGUUUUCUCUAUUUGAUAUAUUCAGCAGCAUUUGCAUUGUGUCUCGUCGUUUCUGUUCUUGCUCAAGACCAAUCAGGUUUCAUAAGCAUCGAUUGUGGAAUUCCAAGUGGAUCAUCGUACAAAGACGACACAACAGGUAUAAACUACGUCUCAGAUUCAUCCUUUGUCGAAACCGGAGUCUCCAAAUCGAUCCCUUUCACAGCUCAAAGACAGCUUCAAAACCUGAGGAGCUUUCCCGAAGGUUCAAGAAACUGCUAUACAUUGAUUCCAAUACAAGGGAAGGGCAAGAAAUAUCUCAUAAGAGCUAGUUUCAUGUACGGUAACUACGAUGGAGAAAAUGGUUCACCGGAGUUUGAUCUGUUUCUUGGUGGCAAUAUUUGGGAUACCGUCUUGCUCAGCAAUGGGUCGAGCAUUGUUUCCAAAGAAGUCGUUUACUUGAGCCAAUCUGAGAACAUAUUUGUGUGUUUGGGAAACAAAGGCAAAGGAACUCCAUUUAUCUCGACUUUAGAGCUUAGGUUUCUCGGGAACGACAAUACGACAUAUGAUUCUCCAAACGGUGCUCUCUUCUUCUCUAGACGCUGGGACUUACGCUCUCUCAUGGGUUCACCUGUUAGAUAUGAUGAUGAUGUGUACGACAGAAUCUGGAUACCUCGCAACUUUGGCUAUUGUAGAGAGAUCAAUACCUCACUCCCCGUGACCUCAGACAAUAAUAGUUAUAGUCUUUCAAGUUUGGUGAUGAGCACAGCGAUGACUCCAAUAAACACAACAAGACCCAUCACAAUGACUUUGGAAAACAGUGAUCCAAAUGUCAGGUACUUUGUCUACAUGCACUUCGCAGAGGUUGAAGAUCUUAGUCUCAAACCGAACCAGACAAGAGAGUUCGACAUCAGCAUUAACGGAGUGACAGUUGCUGCUGGAUUCAGCCCCAAGUAUCUUCAGACAAACACGUUUUUUCUAAACCCUGAGAGCCAAUCGAAAAUUGCGUUUUCACUCGUUCGAACCCCAAAGUCCACUCUUCCGCCAAUUGUUAACGCUCUAGAGAUCUACGUCGCAAAUAGUUUCUCGCAGUCUCUCACUAACCAAGAGGAUGGUGACGCGGUUACGAGUCUAAAGACGAGUUAUAAAGUGAAGAAGAACUGGCACGGAGAUCCUUGUUUGCCUAAUGACUACAUUUGGGAGGGCCUUAAUUGCAGUUAUGAUAGUCUUACUCCUCCAAGAAUCACAUCACUGAACUUAUCAUCAAGCGGGUUAACGGGUCAUAUAUCUUCCUCCUUCUCUAACCUCACAAUGAUUCAAGAGCUAGACUUAUCAAACAAUGGCUUAACCGGAGACAUUCCGGAGUUCCUCUCAAAACUGAAGUUCUUGAGGGUUUUAAAUCUAGAAAAUAACACUCUUACCGGUUCAGUUCCAUCCGAGUUAUUAGAAAGAUCAAACACCGGAUCAUUCUCGCUAAGGCUAGGAGAAAAUCCAGGACUCUGUACUGAGAUUUCUUGCAGAAAAAGCAACAGCAAAAAACUCGUUAUCCCGCUUGUCGCAUCAUUUGCAGCAUUGUUCAUCCUCUUGUUAUUGUCUGGUGUGUUUUGGAGAAUCAGAAACCGGAGAAACAAGUCCGGUACAAUUACAAAUCUAUCUCUAUAUCUUUCCUUUUACAUUCAUAUCUAUCUGUUAAUCACAUUACCAAUUGUUAAAACUUUCUUUUGCAAAGUAAACUCCGCACCUCAAACCAGUCCAAUGGCGAAAUCGGAGAACAAAUUACUGUUUACCUUUGCAGACGUUAUAAAGAUGACAAAUAACUUCGGUCAAGUCCUCGGCAAAGGAGGGUUUGGAACAGUCUACCAUGGCUUCUAUGACAACCUUCAAGUAGCUGUUAAACUUUUAUCAGAAACAUCAGCUCAAGGAUUCAAAGAGUUUCGCUCUGAGGUCGAAGUUCUUGUGAGGGUUCAUCAUGUUAACCUCACUGCGCUGAUCGGUUAUUUCCAUGAAGGUGACCAAAUGGGAUUGAUCUAUGAGUUCAUGGCUAACGGCAACAUGGCGGAUCAUCUCGCGGGAAAGUAUCAGCACACAUUGAGCUGGAGACAAAGGCUUCAGAUUGCACUUGAUGCAGCACAAGGGCUUGAGUAUCUUCACUGUGGAUGCAAACCUCCAAUAGUCCACAGAGAUGUGAAGACUUCAAACAUAUUGUUGAACGAGAAAAACAGAGCAAAGCUUGCAGAUUUCGGACUCUCACGGAGUUUUCAUACAGAGAGUCGUUCUCACGUAUCCACCCUAGUCGCUGGAACUCCCGGAUAUCUCGAUCCGCUAUGCUUUGAGACAAAUGGGCUAAACGAGAAGAGUGACAUUUACAGCUUUGGAGUUGUUCUGUUGGAGAUGAUUACAGGCAAAACCGUGAUCAAAGAGUCACAAACGAAACGUGUUCAUGUGAGUGAUUGGGUGAUAUCGAUCUUGAGGUCUACGAAUGAUGUGAACAAUGUUAUAGAUUCAAAGAUGGCGAAAGAUUUUGAUGUAAACUCUGUAUGGAAAGUUGUGGAGCUUGCAUUAUCCUCUGUUUCGCAGAACGUCUCUGAUAGGCCAAACAUGCCACAUAUUGUUAGAGGAUUGAAUGAGUGUCUUCAAAGAGAAGAGAGUAACAAGAACUAUUGAUGUCACAACGCAAAGGGUGUAGAAUAAGUCAAGGGGUUGGAAACAGAAAGAUGUUGAAAACUUGGGAGUGUUUAUAUAUUUAAAUUUUUGAAAGGCUUUUUAAAGUUUGUGUUGCUAAUGCUAUAUCUAAAAGCCCAAAGUAAUAAUGUAAUGGAAUAGAAAAGAAUCCAUAAUAAAUAGGAAAAAACAAAGAAAAAGUACCUAAUCCGGUAGCCACAAGGAAAAAAGA